UCGGGGCGGGGCCGCCGGCGCCCGGACCUUGCUGCCGGCCUUCUCGUCGGACUUCCGGCCGCGCACCUACCGCCAGGGGAGUGGCGCCCGCGACCUGCGCGGCUCGGUCAAGUUCACUCUGGCGCGCGCCCCCGCCGCCUUGGCCGCCGCGCACAACCGCACACGCAGAGUUGGCCCUGGUAGUGCUUUCUUACCACAACCCAGAAGUGCGGAGGCUGUGAGAGGGGGACGAAUGGCGGCUGAUCGGGACGGGCCAGCAAAGCCCGGCAUCUGUCACGCGAGCAGGGAUGGCUGGGCAGGUGGACAGCCGACCCCACAGAAUGGCAUCUGCUGGACUGUCACCUUGCUAGAUAAUGAGGCAUCCGCCCUGCGGGCUCAGUCAGCCUGCUGGGGGACGGACAAACCAGCAGUGCUCUCCUCUGACACCCCGAGAUACGGGACUCGCCCCGCUUCCAGCGCCCUGGCACGGCGCCCCGCGGAGCGCCGCCCCUCCUGCAGGUACCGGGCUUUCAGGGGAGAAGACGCCCUUUACUCCCCGACCUCCUGGAACCUUCUGGCCAUCCGCCUGGCCUUCAUCAUUGUGUUUGAGGUACUGGGCACCUGGGCGGGGUGGUCCCCAGCCCCUACCCCCCCUGCUCGCACCUGGAAGCUGGCGCUUCCCGCUGUCACCUGGUCAGACGCUCAGUCCUGUGGGCCCCACUCCUCCGCUGGCCUGUCUCCCGGUGUGAGGCCACCGGAGUGCUCUGGGCCUUCCCUGCGGAGUGUCCCGUGGAAGCUGGGGGUGGCUCCUGUGGCCUUGGCCCCUGCCCCUCCCAGGAGUUUCCUGUUCUGCACGGAUGAGAGCAGGGGAAGGCCACGCUGGGCACGUGUUUUGCCAAGGGGGUGCCCUCUGCCCUCGCAGUGGUGUUCUCCCUGGGCCGGGUCCUCGCCCUCCUGGUUCCCGACCCCUGGGUCUGUGGAGGUCAAGAUGAAGCGGGAGCACCCCCUGGCCAAGCAGGCGCUGGCUGAGAAGGCGGUGCGCGCCCCCCGCCCCCAGCCCCGCACAGUUCGCGCAAUCCGCUUCGUCCUGCCACCAAGGCAGACUCAUCUCGCUCCUCCUCCGCCGCCCUCUCCUGGGAACAGGCUCUUUUUGGGACAAAACGCGUGAGAGAGGACGGGCCCUUGGGCCCAGAGAUGAGGCCGCGGGCCUCCCCAGCCCCUUCCCUGAGGCGGGCCCACUGGUGGAGGGAGGCUCACCAGCCCAAGGCCACAGCCUCCCCAGGGCAAACGGGCCCCCACCUGGGAUGCUGCCCCCAGUCACUGCCCCCCACCCCUGACCUCCUGGGGCCUGGCCUCUCAGCUCUGGUCCCUCCAGCCCUCCCCCUGCCCGGGUCCGAGGCUCGGCUCCAGCUGCGCCCGUGGAUGUGGGUCCUGUCCUCACUCUGGUGCUCCCCACACCUGCUGACCCUCAAAUGGUAGUGACCCUCUCCAGGCCAGCCCUGCCCCUCCCUACCCUGCCUGCUCCCAGCACAGCCCCACCAUCAGCCCCCGACCCUGGUCACGACCCGAAGUCUGCUCACCACGCUGACCCCGCCAGGGCCUGCGCCUGCAUCUCCUCUCUGCUUGAGCCCGGCCCGGCCCCCUCCAGCCACCACCAGCAGCCCCAGGCGUCCCUUUAUCCCGUUAACCUCUUCCGGUGGCGUUGCCGGCCCCUCCCAGACUCUGCGCGCUGAAUGGAGCCCCCUCCCCGCCCCCCGGGAGCGCCCCGCGGGGAGGUCGUGGGAGCGAACUGGACUUCACCCCCUGACCAUCAGACACCUGGAGGAAAGGACAGUCCAGUAACGCUGGUGGGGCUCCUUCCAGAAGUUUCUUGGCAAGUCCUGCUUAAAACUGGGAGCAUGACAGUCCCUGCAGUUUUUGACCCUGACUGCACGUGGCACUCCCCUUCCUCAUCUUUGAAAACCACAGACUCCCAGAAACGCCGCGCCCGCCCUGCCUUCCCGAGGGGACGCUCCUCCACUGGCAGGGGCGUCCAAAGGCUCGGCAGGUUUCAGACUGCGACACACCCCGCCCACCCUCUCCCAGAGCUGCCCCCCGCACCUUUACAUCGUCCUUGGCAGCGAGGAGUGAGGCUGAGGCACGGCCGCUGGCAUUUCUCUUGGAUGUGCCACUGUGCCCGGACCAUCUGGAAGAUGUCCUCGUUUGUGGGUGGGCAGUGGGGCUGCCUGCACGAUGCCCGCCCUUAUCACCAGAUCCCCAAGUAGUUCCUUCCAGGGGGUUGCUUUUCUGUUCUUAUUGCUGUUUUUAACUCUAUUUUAUUUUUUGCUUUUCUCAAGGGCCGCACCAGCGGCACAGCACAUGGAGGUUCCCAGGCCAGGGGUCGAAUGGGCGCCACAGCCGCUGGUCUACACCACAGCUCACUGCAACGCUGGAUCCUUAGCCCACUGAGCGAGGCCAGGAAUUGAACCCACGUCCUCAAGGAUACCAGUCGGCUUCAUUUCCCCUAUGCCACAACAGGAAUUCCUAACUCCCAUUUUAAAGUAAGUUUCCCAGAAGGCUGGAACCAUGGCACCCACAGGCCCACACCACCAGCCUGUCCUGGAUGCUCCGUGAAUUAGAGCACCUGCUGAUCCACUCUGCCCGUCAGGGAAAACGCUGCCCUCAGCUCUUGUCCAGACCGCCUGGUGCCCACUGGUGCCCCCGACAGGCAGGUUUAGGAGUGGAACUGCUGGGUCACUGGGUAAACAGAUUUGUCUUUAAGCGGUGGGGGGAGCGAGGUCAGGGCACCCCCAGCAGGCACAGCAGCCCAGAGACAGGCAGCCAGCUUCACUGUGUCCUCCACUGGCCCCGCAGCACUGUGGCUCCUGUGGGGGCUGUCAACACGAGGCUGAGAGCCACAGGCAGCUGGGAGACUCACACGGAGUUUCUGGGCGUCGGGAAGACACCCCUGGUUCCACGAGGCUGAGCCCACACGCACGGCGCGAUAGGAGGAGUCUCGGAGCACUGCAUCUGGUUUCGGGUUUUAUUUUAGAAUGUAUAAAAUUCCAGUGUCACCCGUAUUCAUGAGCCUUUACACAUGUUUGCAUAUUAUCUCCAAAUUCCAAAGUUAAGGCCAAGGGAUGGAUCGCAGCUAUGGACACAGACGACGUGGAAGACAUUCGACAGGGAGGGAACGGACACGCACGCCGGUCCCGCCAGGGCCCUGCCCGCAGCGGCGGAGGCCGCAGGAGACAGGCCCCGGGCACAGUCAUCUCGGGAUGCUUAACGACACCCAGCGACGGUGAGCGGGACCCCAAACGGCUCAGGAAGGGGAGCCUGCGUUUAUGACAUUUAGCAAUAAGUGCACAUGU